AUGAAAACUCCAAACAACACCAAAUACUAUCGAGGAGUUGGGAAACGAGGCUCAAAUACCUCCACUGUUGUACGGUUGAAGGAGAUGGGACUGGUGGUGGUUGAUGUUGACGGUUGCGGGCAGGUAGCAGGGGGACGAGAGAGAAAAUGGGAAGAGAGAGAACAAGGGGGGAAGGAUGUGAAGAAAGUAAAGGGGAAUUUGAAGAAAAGAGAGGUUAGUAAUGAAAGUGAGAAGGGGAGUGAAAACCCAAAGGUGGUGGUGGUACAGAAGGAAGAGAACUUGGGAAGGAGUGGUGCAGUUUACAUUCCACCGUAUAAGUUGGCGAGGAUGAUGAAAGAAGUGCAGGAUAAGAGUAGUGUAGGGUAUCAAAGAAUGAGUUGGGACGCGCUUAGGAAGAGUAUUAAUGGGUUGGUUAACAAGGUUACUGCUACGAAUAUCAAAAGAGCUUACAAAAGUAAUGACAAGCCUCAAUUGUUGGCAGCAGUCAAGCUUAUAGCCCAUCUGGACCAGCAGGUAGUUCAUGAGCUGGUUGCUUUUGAACUCUUAACAGUCCUGCUGGAGAACCGUACAGAUGACAGUGUGUAGGUUGCAGUGGGUUUUGUCACAGAGUGCCGCUCCAUGCUACAGGACCUCUGUCCUAGAGGGCUUCAUGGUAUCUUUGAGCGGUUUCGUGGAAUUCUUCAUGAAGGCGAAAUAGAUAAACGUGUUCAAUUCUUGAUUGACGGCCUCUUUGCAUUGAGAAAAGCAAAGUUUCAGGGGUAUCCUGCUGUGCGCCCAGAAUUGGACCUUGUAGAGCAGGAAGAGCAACUCACACAUGAAGUUUCAUUCUCUGACGAAACUGAUCCUGAGAUUACCUUAGAUAUUUUCAAGCCCGAUCCGAAUUUCUUGGAAAAUGAGAAGAAAUAUGAAGAACUGAAGAAAUCAAUAUUAGGUGAAGAAUCUGACAAUGAAGGUGAUUCUGACGAGAGUUCAGAGGAUGAAGAUGAGGAUGCAGAUGAAUCUGAUGAAGAGGAAGAACACAAGAUGCAAAUACAAGAUGAGACUGAGACAAAUUUGGUCUAUCUUCGAAGAACUAUCUACUUGACAAUCAUGUCUAGUGUUGAUUUUGAAGAGGGUGGUCAUAAGCUACUGCAAAUCAAGCUACAGCCUGGUCAGGAGAUGGAAUUGUGUAUUAUGUUGUUGGAGUGCUGCAGCCAGGAGCGGACUUACCUUCGGUACUAUGAACUUCUUGGCCAACGGUUUUGCACGAUCAACAAGAUUCAUCAAGAAAAUUGAAAAUGCUUUGUCCAAGGGUACUCUAUGAUCCAUCGACUUGAGACAAGUAAACUGCGUAAUGUGGCCAAAUUUUUUGCCCACUUGCUUGGCGCUGAUGCUUUACCUUGGCACAUUUUGUCUUACAUACGAUUGACAGAGGAGGACACAACAUCUUCUUCCUGUAUUUUCAUCAAGAUUCUCUUCCAGGAAUUGUCUGAGCACCUUGGUAUCUGCUUGCUGAACGAGCGGCUAAAUGAUCCUACAAUGCAGGACUCCUUUGAGUCAAUUUUUCCCAAGGAUAAUCCAAGAAACACUAGGUUUUAUAUCAACUUUUUCACAUCAAUUGGUCUGGGUGGUAUUACGGAAAAUCUGCGAGAGCAUCUGAAGAACAUGCCGCGCCUUAUCAUGCAACAGCAGAAGCCUGUUCCUGAAUCUGAUGAGUCAGGUAGUUCUAGUUCUCAUGAUUCAGAUUCAUCUGAACCAUCCUCAAGCUCGGAGGAAAGUAUAAGUGAUAGCAAAAGUGAUGAUAGACAUAGGAAGCGUAGGAGAAGAUGA